AUGCACUUGCCUGUUCCAAGUGGCGUCAGGGCAAAUGCCCUCCAUUCAUCUGCAGCAGCAGCCACAGCAGCCAUGGUGGGGAGGCAGCCCCUGUCUGGGUUUGGGGUUGUGCCUCCCUUUCCUCAGGACGCUGGACCCUCUCAGACAGACCCUCCCUGGAGAUUUGUCCAUCAGUUUCCAGUGUCUGGGGGCCCCUUUUUGCCCCAGAGUUGGUCUCUGCAGACUUCCAGAUGCUACAACCUGCUAAAGACUGCACAACAUGCAGAAGCUGGAUUUCCUGAGGGUGGCAUCUCCCCCUCCCUUGCUUUUGACCGCAAAAGACAUUGGUACUGA